AUGGAACGAAUAUACGUGUUCCUCUCCUUAUUCUCUCUCGUCUACUUCUUCGAGGCAAUUGGUGGCAGUUAUAUCAUCGCAGCCAUCCAGAAUAUUGAAAAACAGUUCCAGAUUCCAUCAAAAUUCUCUGGUUUCAUGGUUUCUGCAAGUGACAUGGGUUAUAUUCCAUCGGUGCUUCUCAUCUCUUACUUGGGCUCUCGAGGCAACCGUGCAAAAUGGAUUGGUGGCGGAGCUAUAAUGAUGGCUGUAACUUAUCUAAUGAUCGCAUCUCCAAACUUCAUUUUCCCUACAUUGCAAGUCCGGCUCAAUGAAUCAGAUGCUGAAAGCACCGUCAGAGUCACAUCCGAUCUGCUAGACGACCAUGUUACUCUUCAGCAACUUCUAGCUUACCCGCUUAUAAAAGACAGAAUCCCGAGCCAUAUUCGUUUUCAACUCUUGGCUCUACCUGAUACAGAUGGCCCAGUGGCUGUGGACGAAGCGAGUUUGGAAUCUCCACGACAUGCUGAUUACUCGUAUUUUUCCAUUGACAGCUGGAUCCUGGAUGAGGUUUGUGACAAUGCUAAGGAAAUAAUUGAGCAAAAACAACCAGAGAAAGCUAUAAGCCUGUUGAAGCUCUUCAUUAGCAGAAGAGUGAACAACACAGAAGCUGAUAUAUUCCGAUUGAAACGAAGUUCCGCUGCGCCUUUCAGUUACUGUGGAGAACUUGUCAAUAAAAUACGCCGUGGACAUGCUGCUCUACGCUGUCAAGACGCUGGAAGUUCCUCUGGAGUAUUUCUCAUUAUGUUCACCGCUUUGUUUUUCCUCGGAAUUGGUCGCACUAUGCCAUGGAGCUUGGGAGUGCCUAUGCUUGAUGAUAAUAUUAAGAAAAGGAAUCUACCUGUUUACUUCGGUGCAAUCUCGUUCAUCAGAAUUUUGGGACCGAUCUGUGGUCAUUUAAUAGGAAGCUUCACUAAUAAAGUCUACUAUACACUAAAUGCUCCACCCGGUCUCACUGCUAGUGAUCCUACAUGGAUCGGCGCUUGGUGGAUAGGUUUCCUCAUCAUAGGAACGGUCACACUCUUCCCAUCAAUUUUCCUAUUUCUUUUCCCUUCAGGCAAAUCUAAAGUUUCCACAGGCGAAGAAGGACAAAAAUCUAAUGAUCUUGUCUUCUUCGAUAAACAUAAAGAGAAAUCAAAAGACGAGUCUUUACUCGAGAAAGCAAAAGGAUUCACUAAAUCUUACAAAGAAGUCAUGGGAACUAAGAUUUAUUUGGGGGCAGCGUUUGGUCGUAUAGUAGACAUUCUAGCCUUCAAAGGCUACAUCGUAUUCUUGCCUAAAUAUUUGGAGAACCAUUUCGGGAUUCCCUUGUUCAGAGUUCAUCAGUUCAUGGCUGCUUUCGGAGUUUUCGGCUUCGCACUUGGAACUGCUAUGGGUGGCAUUAUCACUAAAAAGUACAAAUUCAACGGAAGACAAGCAUCUCUCUUCGUACUCUUCGUUUCAAGCAUCAAUCUUGCUUUAUACUUUUCUAAAGCCUUCAUUGCUUGUGAUUCUAUCGUGCAAAACGUAGCUCACCACACCGGGAACCAACUAAAUAAUUUCACGAAACCUUGUAAUCUAGAUUGUGGUUGUACAGCUGCCAAACUGUAUCCUGUGUGUACUGAGGAUGGACAUGCUUAUUACUCACCUUGCCAUGCUGGAUGUCGGGAAGUACGAAUAAAUAAAAACAACACUCAUGAUAUCGAAUUCUCAUCCUGUGAAUGUACUUCGGGUGGUGUAGUAAGAAAAGAUUAUUGUCGAGAUAAUUGCAAAUGGCCAAUUGUUAUUUUCUUUUCAACAGUUCUGAGUGGUGCUUUCUUCGCGGGAAUGGGUCUCGUACCUGGAAUGCUCAUUUUGUUACGAUCUGUGCCACCAGCUACACGAUCAGCCUCAUUAGGUCUUCAAGGCUUAUUAGUUUCUCUAUUUGGAACCUUACCCAGUCCGGUGCUGUGGGGAGCUAUUGUGGACAGCGCUUGUCUUGUUUGGGAACAGAACUGUCAAGGUGGAAAUGGAAGUUGUGCUAUAUUUGAUGCACCCAAAUUACGCUGGAGAAUGCACAUGAUGUAUGUAGUGAUACGAGGGUUAUCGCUGUUCACAGAUGUGUUCGUUUGGUGUCAUGCGAAAGAUUUGAGCUUGAUGGACGAAGAAGAAGAAAAGAAUGAAGCUGAAAAAGAAGUCACUACAAACGAGGUUGCCUUGCGAGAACUUGAGCGCUCACCAUCACUCCGUUAG